AUGGCCCGGCCCGCAGACACCUUCCCGCUGCACCGGCUCGUCUGGCACAACCGGCACCAGGCGCUGGACAGCGCCCUGCGCUCCGGCACGCACGACGUGGAGCUGACGGACCCCCGUGGGAGGACCCCGCUGGAGCUGGCCGUGUCCCUGGGCCACCUGGAGUCAGUGCGGGUACUGCUGAGGCACAACGCCAACGUGGGCCGGGAGAAUGCCAAUGGCUGGACAGUGCUGCAGGAGGCAGUGAGCACCGGGGACCCCGAGAUGGUGCAACUGGUGCUGCAGUACCGCGACUACCAGCGGGCGACGCGGCGGCUGGCUGGCAUCCCCGAGCUGCUCAGCAAGCUGCGGCGGGCAUCCGAUUUCUAUGUGGAGAUGAAGUGGGAGUUCACCAGCUGGGUGCCGCUGGUCUCCAAGGUGUGCCCCAGCGAUGUGUACCGCGUCUGGAAGCGAGGCGAGAGCCUGCGGGUCGACACCACCCUGCUGGGCUUCGAGCACAUGACCUGGCAGCGCGGCCGCCGCAGCUACAUCUUCAAGGGGGAAGAUGAAGGGGCAGUGGUGAUGGAGGUGGACCACGACAAGCAGGUGGUCUACACAGAGACGCUGGCCCUGGCCCUCCACGAGCCUGACCUGCUGCUGGCAGCCAUGCAGCCCUCGGAGGAGCACGUGGCCGGACGGCUGACCUCCCCCAUCGUCUCCACACACCUGGACACCAGGAACAUCGCCUUCGAGAGGAACAAGUCUGGGAUCUGGGGCUGGCGCUCGGAGAAGAUGGAGGUGGUCAGUGGCUACGAGGCCAAGGUCUACAGUGCCAGCAACGUGGAGCUGGUCACCAAGACCAGGACCGAGCACCUCUCUGACCAGGACAAGUCACGCUGCAAAGGCUCCAAGACCCCCUUCCACUCCUUCCUGGGCAUUGCGCAGCAGCAUGGCACCCACAACGGGGUGCCCGUGCCGCAGGCUGCCAGCCCCACCAACCCCACUGCCAUCACCCCUGAGGAGUAUUUUGACCCCCACUUCGACCUGGAGACUCGCAACAUCGGGCGCCCCAUCGAGAUGUCCAGCAAGGUGCAGAGGUUCAAGGCGACGCUGUGGCUGUGCGAGCAGCACCCCCUGUCCCUGGCAGAGCAGGUGACGCCCAUCAUUGACCUCAUGGCCAUCUCUAAUGCCCACUUUGCCAAGCUCCGCGACUUCAUCACCCUCAAGCUGCCCCCCGGCUUCCCUGUCAAGAUCGAGAUCCCUCUCUUCCACGUCCUCAACGCCCGAAUCACCUUCAGCAACCUCUGCGGCUGCGACCAGCCUCUGGGCUCCGUGCGGGUCUGUGCCCAGCCCCCUGUGCCCUGUUCCCCGGGCGGGGCGGCAGGCUGGCCGUUCCCAUGCGAGGUGGAAGCAGGGGUGUUCGAGGUGCCAGCUGGGUACACGGUGCUGGGCGCGGGGCGCAGCGAGCCGCUGCGGGAUGAGGACGAUGACCUCCUUCAGUUCGCCAUCCAGCAGAGCCUGCUGGACGCCGGCACCGAGACCGACCAGGUGACCAUUUGGGAGGCUCUGACCAACACCCGCCCGGGCAUGGAGCCGCCGCCCUAUGAGGAGCAGCUGGAGCGGGCCCUGCAGGAGAGCAUGCUGCUGCAGGCCGGCCCCAGCGCUGACCCCACCGAGGCUGGGACCCCCUCUGGGGCGGGUGGUGGUGGUAGCACUGAAACUGACACUGGCACGGGCACGGGCACCCCCCCAGCACCCCCUGGCUACGGCAGCUUCGCGGAGCAGCUGCGCUUGGCCAUGGCCCUCUCGGAGCGGGAGCAGGAGGAACGGGAGCGGCGCCGCAGGGAGGAGGAUGAGGAGCUGCAGCGCAUCCUGCGGCUGUCCCUCACCGAGAAGUAGCGGUGGGGACACGCAGGGACAGGGAUGUCCUGUGUGGGGACAUCCCCUGUGGAGGUGGAGGUGUCCCGCAUGGGCACAGUCCACACGAGGACAGGCAUGUCCCGUGUGGGGGACAGCUCGUGUAGAGGUGGAGAAAUCUCACCUGGGGACACUCCACACAGGGGAAAGGAUGCCCCAGGUGAAGACACUCCACGCGAGAACAGGGACAUCCGGGGUGGGGACACCUCACAUGGAGAUGGAGACAUCCCACGUGGGGACACCCCCCGCAAAAACAAGGACUUCUCAGGAGGGGACACCCCACAGGAGGACGGGAAUGAAUGUCUUGUGUGAGGACACUCCCUCGGGACAGGCGUGUCCCACGUGGGGACACUCCACAUGAGGACAAGGAUGUCUCAAGCAGGGACACUCCACAUGGAGACAGGGACAUCCCACGGGGGGACUCCCCACGUGGGGCC